AUGGCGGCUUCUUCCACCUUCUCCUACGCGCAAGCGGCCAAGGGACAGGCUUCCCAGCCCGCGUCCUCCGCGAGCAAGGUCACUUUGCCUGCUGAAACCCCGGCCGAGUCGCCGGAACAGACUCUCAACGCCGAUGCUCCAUCUUCGAUCGAGGAGAAGCAGGACAUGGAUUCCACCAAUGGCUCAGAGAGCGACUCGCCCUCCGAGACGACCACGGACAGGAGGCUCGAGUCGAAGCGGGAUGAUGACGCCGGCCGCCUUGAGCGACCCUGGCGGCGAGCUGAAAAGGGAACGAGGUCCUCCAGCGCUACCGCUCGUUCGGUCGACGAGUCCGACUCGAGAAAGCCGCGGAAGAAUAAGAAGGCCAAGGCUUCGGAUAAGCAGGCAAGCGACCAGGCCUCAAGCUCCGACAAGGAGCAGGUCCCUGUGCCAGAGGCCCCCAAGAUUGAGCUUUCGGAAGCCCCCAUACCUCCUGUCAAUAUUUGGCAGCAGCGGAAAGAGGCGCAGGCGGCAAAGACCAAGCCGGCCAUGAACAACGACGAGGAGUCGACCAAUGGCGUGCCGGGCCACGCAGAGGAUGCGAAGAAAACUCCCAAGAUUGGCCAAGACUCUGCGUUCCCCGCGCGUGAGAGCACAUCCGCGAAUGGAGCCAAGCCAAUUCGAAAGGCUGGCGAUAUUGCUCGCCCGGAACGAAACGGCAGCCGAGGCUCCAAGUCUGUCGACAGCGAGAGCAAGGACGACAAGGCCGAACUGCCACCCUCUGUGCAGGAUUCUGCCUCGUGGCCUACUCCCGAGACCGCCAUCAAGGAAGAUCGGAGGAAGUCGAGCUCGGCCCAGAUCGACCGCCAGGACAAGGAGUCGAGCAAGGAGAGUCAGGAUGACGGCUCGCAGGCGAAGCCACGCCAGAAGGGCAAGUGGGUCGCGUACGACUAUGUGCCUUCGGUCAGCUUCGAGACGCAGAUCCCCCAAAUGCGCAACUCCAAGCCUCGAGGUGGCGCGCGGGGUGCCAACGGCACCAGGGCAUCGACUGGCACUAUCGCGGGAGACAAGGCCGCUCUGGCUACGCCGGUGAGCAAGUCAACCGAAUCCAAAGAACGACCUCGUGAGGCCGGCGCCACCUCGAAUCGGACUGCCUCCCUACCCCCGGCCGCAAAGCGCGUCUCGAUGGAUGCCUCGAGUGCCAAGGACCAAAAGAAGACGUCUGGCUACACCGCCGGUGACAAGGCCAGAGAUGCGACAUCUUCUCACCCUACUGAACCGGGCCAUGUUGCCAGGGAGCGCCCAGAGGGCCGCGGCGAGCGAGGUCGCGGAGGCUAUCGCGGCCGUGGCGGACACCACGCCAUCAACACGCACUCGCAACACCAGCACGGCGCCUCUGGAUUCACGUCCGGGUCUAUGCCAUCCAGGCCUCAGGGCCCCUACAGCCCUCCGCCGAGGCAAGGUAGCCACAACCAGAUGUUCAUGCCUCCUCAGCAGAGGGGCGGGCGAGGCCGCAACGGCGCCGGCGCAAAUUUCCACCGCAUGUCUCUGCCCAACGGAUCGACGCGGCUUCCCCCCGUGCAGACGCAGUUCGGCCCGUACGAGUACCCCAUGGCGCCGCUGACGGCCAUGCCGUUCCAGACCCAUCCUUAUUGGGACAACGUCGUCAUGUCGUUGCUCAAGAAUCAGAUCGAAUACUACUUCUCGAUCGAGAAUCUCUGCAAGGACAUGUACCUCCGCAAGCGGAUGGACUCGCAAGGCUUUGUCAACCUGCACUUUGUCGCGGCGUUUAAGCGCAUAAGGGAGCUUACGUCCGACAUGGGCAUGAUCCGGGCAGUGUGCGAGUCGUCGAGCGAGCUCGACUUUGUUGUGGGCGAGGAUGAUGUUGAGCGACUUCGCCGAAGAUCGGGCUGGCAGAGCUUCGUGUUGCCGAUGGAGGACCGCGAUGACUUUGCCCGCAACGCUGGCCCCUCACACAUUACUUUUAAGAACCGGCCCUACGCUCUCGGCCCCCAGUUUAGCGGAAUAUCCCCGGCUUCGUUUGGCGUCUCGCCUCCCCUAGGAUACAACCCUCAGGGCGAGCCUCAGUUUCAGCAGUUUUCCGAGGGACACGGCCUCAAUGGAGGUGUAAACGGCGGCGGCCUAACACACAGCGGGUCCAGCCAGCUCUCUGCCGAGGUCCCAGACUUUUCGCCCUCGGGGCCCGCCAUACCUACCGGGUCAGCCCGCUCCGAUCAAGGGGCCGUCAAGUCCAAGGGUGCGGCUGAUGCGGACGGCGAUGCCAGUCCCAAAGCCACCACGGCUUCCGUCGCACUGAACGGCUGCAGCGGCGAACCUGCUGCAAACGCAUCGCCGCCAGGGAUCGAAUCUGAAGGACCUCAGGCUCAGGAAGCGGCCCACUCGUAG